AUGAAAAAGUGGAUAGGGCGUUGUAUCAAAGACCACCCCGAGUGUUGCCCAAACAGCCGUCCUCAGAAAUGGUACCCAAGCCGCCUGCUUGAUGUUGGGUCUUCAUCCGAGUCUCAGUCGCCCAUGAAUCCAACUGAAGCAAAAUUCAGAGUCCACGAUACAAAGAACCAGGAGACGUUAGGUCAUUAUAUGACUGUGUCCCACCGGUGGGGAGACAAGCAGCCCAUAAGCCUGACGCAAAACUCCGCGGCGGAUUUGAAGGGUGGAAUGCUCGUGUCAGAACUGCCAAAGACUUUCGCUGAUGCGGUCAAAGUGGCCUGGGAGCUGGGCAUUCGAUAUAUCUGGAUAGAUUCCCUCUGUAUCUACCAGGACUCCGAACAUGAAUGGCAGUCUGAAUCUGCCAAGAUGGGUCUUGUUUACAAGAAUUCCUGGCUGAACAUUGCUGCCAUUGAUUCUUCGGACUGCAAUGGCGGAUGCUUCUUCCAGCGCGACAAAAGAUUGGUGGAGCCGAUCAAGAUGAAGUUCAAAGACGAUGAAAAAGAAUUCCUAUGUAUUGACAGCAACUUGUGGCUAGUCGGGAUUGACGGGGCGCCGUUGUCGAAACGGGCGUGGGUUCUCCAAGAAAGGCUUUUAUCGCCACGACAAAUUCACUUUGGCGUACUGCAGCUCUACUGGGAAUGCCGUCGACACGCUGCCUGCGAGACCUUGCCAGGUAGCAUGUUGGCAUCCAUUCUAGAUCUAAUGUCAGCUGAAAAUACAGACGCCCAGAAUACUCGGAAAGCCACACCAUUGGACGUUUACACAGGUUGGCGACACUCGGUCCAAAACUACUCCAAAUGUAGCCUUACGUACCCUCGAGACAAACUCAUUGCAAUCUCCGGAGUUGCCAAAGAGAUGUCGAAAGUCAUUAAUGAUCAGUAUCUCGCUGGCCUCUGGAGGAGCCAGCUACCAACCACUCUCCUCUGGUCGGCGGAGCCGAGCGGACCUGCUUCUUCCAUUAGAUAUCAGAAAUCUCCAGCUGGCUCUGGUAACAUUUGGACACGGCCACGUCCCCUGCGUGCCCCAACGUGGAGUUGGGCAUCUUUAGAU